CACACGCGAGCGUUAUGUUCUUAUUCAGGUCCAGAUGACAAAAAUUAUUACGUGUACUCCGAUCAAAAUGUAGCCGGGCCCGCGACAGCCAGCUGGACGUUCUUCUCUAAUAACGCGGACAACGAUUAUCUGCAGCCGAAUGGCGAGUUUUAUGUACAAAGAGAACCUGGCCAGCAGCGAAAUAAUCUAACCGCAUUCUAUCAGUCAAACGCCAAUGUGAUGCCAGGUUUAUUGCCUGCUGCUAAUGAUUAUUGCCAGCCUGUAAAUCCGACGGAUAACGAUCGAGUGUUAAUUAAUCGCGAGUAUUUUCCAAAUGACGUUAAACAAUGCUACAUGCCUUGGAGUCAAGAUUUAGAUACGAAUAAGCAGAAUUUUGGAAUCAAGGAGCCUGUGCACAAUGAAACUAAUCAAUCAAAACUGAAUGUGAUGGUUGAAGAUUUUAAGCCAAGUAACGAAGGAUCAGAUGACAAGAGAUUGCAAGGCACAUCAUCCAUUAAUAGUACUUAUUUCAAAGGUAAUAGCAGAUAUCCAUCGAAUACAAGUAGGCAGGAGAAGAAGUACAAUAAUAAAAAGAAUUUCAAUUACAAACCCAGAGAAGAGGGGCAGAAUCAGUUCUACAAAAGAAAUAUAUAUGGGCACUCAUAUCACCAAGACAGAGGUAACAAGUUUCAGGGUAAUAAGUACUUUGCCAAUAAAUAUCCUUCUGAUAGAUCGAGUAUUAGAAAUGGUAGUACGGAUGCGCUGAGUAUAUAUACUGUAAAUGAAAGCAUUCCUUGCAAUAGCAAAAAAGAGUUUAGCACAAAUGUAAAUGAAAGAGAAUCUUUAAAUGUAAAGGCAUCUAGAAGUAGGGAAUUAUUGAGUGCAGGCAAAGAAACUAAUGUCGCUGAUGGUAAAAAUGUACCAGAUAAUACGGUCGCAGAAUCGAGUUACUACUACUGUAAGCAACCGUACGGCAAUCAUAGAAAUAUAAAAAGAUAUCAAGACAAUGGCCGGUACAAUAGAGAAGAAAAUUGUUAUAAAGACAAACGACGUAAUUAUCAGGGAUACGGUAGAGAAAAUUACAACAGAGAUGAUAAAUUCAAAGCAUGCGGUAGCAAUGAAUUUAAGGAAUGUUCGAACGAAGAAACUGGAUCAGACACGAAGAGAACUAAUGAGAAAAGGCAUAAUCAUCAAGGAUACUACAAUGAAUUUAGAGAACACAAAAAGGAUGGCAGAAUAGACGUUGGUAAAGAGAAAGGGAAUGAACAAGUUAGAAGUAAAAAAGAAAUGGGAGAAAAGAAUUAUGUUCAAAAACGGAGAGAGAAUAAAAAGUCGCCAAUCGAUGAUGAUUCAAGUCAGAGGGAAAGAUUAACAGAUCAACUAAACAAGGGCCAUUUAGAAUGCCUAGUAUGUUGCGAAUAUAUUAAGCAGAGCGAUUACGUUUGGUCAUGUUCCAACUGUUACCACGUUCUACACUUAAAGUGUACUAAAAAGUGGGCGAAAUCGUCGCAAGCAGGUAAUUACCACGGCUUACUCUUACGUUUUCACUAUACUGCGGACACACUAUCAUCCGUUUACUCUUGUGAGAACGUUUGCGGCAAAUUAUUAGAAUGUGGGAAUCAUGCUUGCGCGAAAUUAUGCCAUCCUGGUGAUUGCGAGCCUUGCCCUUUGGGCGUUGACAAGAUUGCAACCUGCUGUUGUGGACAAACGCCGUUGCCGGAUAAGAGAGAAUCUUGCUUGGACCCAGUCCCCACUUGCGACAAGAUAUGCUCGAAGAAUUUAAAAUGCGGCCAGCCUAAUAAUCCUCACAAGUGUAAAGCAAAGUGUCAUCAAGGCGAUUGUCCUGCAUGCGAUUUAACUACCGAUGUUAGAUGCCGCUGUGGGAACAUGGAUAGGGAAAUAGCUUGUAAAGACCUGACGACAAAGGCGGACGAUGCGCGAUGCGAGAAGAGGUGUAUGAAAAAGAGGUCGUGCGGCAAGCAUAGAUGCAAUCAGCUGUGCUGCAUAGACAUAGAGCACGUUUGUCCGUUGAUCUGUUCUAAGACUCUGAGUUGUGGUAGACACAAGUGCGAGCAGAGUUGUCACAAAGGAAGGUGCCAACCUUGCUGGCGCAGCAGUUUCGAGGAAUUGUAUUGCGAAUGCGGAGCUUCUGUGACGUAUCCUCCUGUUCCCUGCGGCACGAGAAGACCUGCCUGCGACAGACUUUGUUCCCGUCAACACAGCUGCGGACACGAGGUGUUGCACAAUUGUCAUAGCGAGCCACAGUGCCCCCCUUGCACUGUUCUCACUCAACGAUGGUGUCAUGGCAAACACGAGCUACGUAAAGCGGUGCCUUGUUACAUUAGCGAGAUUUCCUGCGGUUUACCGUGUAACAAGCCAUUAUCAUGUGGUAGACAUAAAUGUAUCACUAUAUGUCAUCCUGGUCCUUGCGAGAAACCGGGACAGCAGUGUACUCAACCGUGCACUGCGCCCAGAGAGAUUUGCGGACAUAUCUGUGGCGUGCCGUGCCACGAAGGCAAAUGUCCCGAUAUUCCGUGCAAAGAGAUAGUUAAGGUAACGUGUCAGUGUGGACACAGAACCAUGUCCCGAGUAUGUGCCGAGAAUGCUCAAGAAUAUCAGAGAAUAGCGAGCAGUAUAUUGGCCAGUAAAAUGGCCGACGUGCAGCUAGGACAUUCCAUAAACUUGGAGGAAGUGUUUGGCCAAGGCGCGAAGAAGCAGAAUCAACUGAAGACAUUGGAAUGCAACGACGAGUGCAAGAUAAUCGAACGAAACAGGAGAUUGGCGUUGGGUCUGCAGAUCGCGAAUCCGGACCUCAGCGGUAAGCUGAUGCCCAGGUACAGCGAUUUCAUGAAACAGUGGGCCAAGAAGGAUCCGCACUUCUGUCAAGUGGUUCACGAGAAACUGACGGAACUGGUGAAGUUGGCGAAAACGUCUAAGCAGAAAUCGCGUAGCUACUCGUUCGACAGUAUGAACAAAGACAGGCGUCACUUCAUUCACGAGUCUUGCGAGCAUUUCGGAUGCGAGAGUCAGGCGUACGACCAGGAACCGAAAAGGAACGUUGUUGCAACUGCCGUAAAGGAUAAGUGUUGGUUACCUAGUUACAGUUUAUUAGAGAUUGUACAACGAGAGAACGGCCAAAGGAAAGUCCCAGGCCCGAUGAAAAAUUUCAAAAGGACAAUAUUAUCACUGCCUGCGAAAAAACUCGAGAAGCCAGAAACACCGCCGUCUAGUUCAAAGGCGUCGGAGCCAGAAAUCGAUUAUUUUGAUUAUCAAGGGUAACCCGUUUGUAUCGUGUAAACUAUAAAUAAUAUAACUAUUGGAUUCGGAAAAUUCAUGGACUUCGUACGGAGAAGGAAUGUUUCUACGAUGAUGCUACGGGUUUAUGGAUAAGGUAAUUAAGAUAUAUAUAAAAGUACAGGCGAUGAUGUAAUAAAGAAGAACAUUUCAUCGA